AUGACAUCCGCAGGCCCCAACACCACGGGGAAGAGGGUCAACGUCCUGGUCUACACCGGCAAUGGAACCACCGUUGAAUCCGUCCGCCACUGCCUCUACACUCUCCGCCGCCUGCUCGCCCCCCACUAUGCGGUGAUCCCCGUGACGGCCGACAUGCUCAUCAAGGAGCCUUGGGCCCUCACCUGCGCUCUACUCGUGAUCCCCGGCGGAGCCGAUCUCGGAUAUUGUCGAGCCUUGAAUGGCCCAGGUAACCGCCGAAUCGAACAGUUUGUCCGCCGAGGUGGCGCCUACUUGGGCUUCUGUGCGGGGGGCUACUACGGCUGCAAACGGUGCGAGUUCGAGGUCGGCGAUAAAACCUACGAGGUGAUUGGCGAUCGCGAGCUGGCUUUCUUCCCGGGGAUCUGUCGGGGAUGUGCGUUCCCUGGGUUCGUUUAUCAUAGUGAGGCCGGUGCGCGGGCGGCGGAGCUGAAGGUCUCCAAGGCGGCCUUGAAUGUGGGAAUUGUGCCGGAGAGCUUCCGGUCUUAUUACAAUGGCGGCGGCGUCUUUGUGGAUGCGUCCUCGUACGCGGAUAAGGGCGUCGAGGUGCUGGCUAGCUAUACAGAGGAGCUCAAUGUCGACUCGGGAUCAAGUGCGGCGGCUGUUGUCUACUGCAAAGUGGGUGAAGGAGCGGCGGUUCUGACGGGGCCACAUCCGGAAUUCGCGGCGGUGAACCUCGAUAAAAACGCCGGUGGUCCGGAAUACGGAAAAAUGGUAGAUGCCUUGGCUGCGGACGACAGGGCGCGGACGGACUUCCUCAAGGCUUGUUUGACCAAGUUGGGGCUGCAAGUCACGCAGAACACGACGACCGUGCCCUCGCUUUCUUCGCUGCAUGUCUCUUCCCUCGAUCCCGCUGAUACUUCUUCGAUUCUUUCGUCAUUGCAGGAGCACAUCACCACCGAUGGAGAGCACCAGUACCUCAAGGAUGAGAAUGACACGUUCCGCAUCGAGAAGCCUGAGACUUGGAAUAUGGAAUCGCUACAGGAGGCCCUUCCGGAUGAUUCGAAAGACGACUCGGGUAAGUCUGAGGAGGGCAUCAUCGAUUACAAUGCUAUUGUAAAGCACCUUGUGAUCCACGAGGAUGUACCAUCGUCGAAGCUGACCCCCUACUUCAACCACCAUGCGUUCUAUUCGAAUCUCCGACAAUACCAAUCGCAAAUGAGGGAGGGCGCGUCGGAAUUUGGCUCCAGCAUUGUCUAUGGCGAAGUCGUUACGAGUACCAAUACCAUCCUAGAAAAAAACCCAAAGCUUCUUCGCAACUUGCCGAACGGUUUCACCGCCACAGCUACUACGCAGGUUGCAGGACGAGGCCGAGGCUCCAACGUGUGGGUGUCGCCCGCGGGAGCCCUCAUCUUCUCAACGGUGGUCCGCCACCCGAUGGAGAAGAUGCAGUCUGCGCCGGUUGUCUUCAUCCAGUACCUCGCCGCCAUGGCGGUGGUGCAAGGUAUCAAGAGCUACGACAAAGGCUUCGAGGAGAUGCCCGUCAAAAUGAAAUGGCCUAAUGACAUCUAUGCCCUGGACCCCGAGAACGCGGAUAAGAAGCGCUAUACCAAAAUCUGCGGCAUCCUGGUGAACUCGCACUACUCAUCGGGUGAAUAUACGUCCGUAGUCGGCAUCGGCAUCAACGCCACCAACACAUCGCCGACUACGUCUUUGAACGCGCUGGCCGCACACUUCCUCGGUAAUAAGACGGCGCCUAUCACUCUGGAAAAGCUCCUGGCGCGUAUCUUAACCACGUUCGAAGAGUUGCACACUCGCUUCCUCCGAACGGGGUUCGAUAAGACAUUCGAGGACCUGUAUUACCACGACUGGUUGCAUAUGCAUCAAGUUGUCACGUUAGAAGAAGAAGGCGGUGCCCGGGCCCGAAUCAAGGGCAUCACCCGAGACUAUGGGUUAUUGCUCGCUGAGGAAUUGGGAUGGGACGAUCGGCCGACCGGGCGGAUCUGGCAGUUGCAGAGCGACAGUAAUAGCUUCGACUUCCUCCGCGGACUGGUGAGGCGGAAAGUGUAG